UCGCGCAGUAGUGUAACUUUGGUUGCCUAACCGUGGCAAAUAUAUUCAGCUCGUUAAUAAACAUCUUAACGAACGUUAAAGGAAAAGGGGGAGAAAAUCUUUAAGAGGGGUAUGGAGCCCUUGGUUGGGUAAGGGUAGUGCACCUAUAGAAUGCGAGAGUGGGGGUAAAGUUUGAUCGGCGAAACCUGAAAAUAUUAUUGAGUUUGUUCCGCACCGCAGUGUUUAAGGGUGGAAAUGUUGUGACAUCACCCAACCGGGCCAUGGACUUCUUCCACCCACACCUUACGAAUUGUGCCUAAGGUCUAUAGCGAGCUUCCGGAUCGAGGUAAUGGACUCCUUGUUCCAAUCAGCUCUUAUGAAACCCGCUCGGAUAAAUAUUUAUGAAUGGUUAUCAAAUGAUCCUCUGUGCAACUCCAAAAGUAUGGCCCCAGUUUCCAGUGCAAGUAGAACACCAGAAAGGAAAUUAAAAGUCACAAUGUCUUGCCUGGGUCCUUCAGGAUUUCCAAAUAACAACGCCAGCUCUCUACCUCUAGCAAUACCAACACACACCUCUCCCGAACCUAGUUCUGUGGAUUCCUUUAUUACCGACUUAUUACAGGCUGUGACGGGUGACGAUGCUCCGGUGUGCUCAAGCUGCGAAGAAGGAACAUCGGCUUCAUCUCGUUGUCGUGAUUGUAGUGAAUUACUCUGUGAUCCGUGUGUGCGAGCACACCAACGCGUUAGAAUUACCAAAGAUCACAGAAUUGUAAAAUUUGCAAGGGAUGUGAAUAAUAUACCUGAUUCGUUAAGUUCGGUUGGCUCAUCACAGGCCAGCAAUAGUCCAAGUAGUACAGGUAUCGGCGCAACUAUUAACUUUUGUGAUCUUCAGCACGAAGCAAGGCUUUACUGUGAAACGUGUCUUUUGGCAGUGUGUACUGAAUGCACUCUGAUUGAGCAUAAUGGUCAUCAGCUGGUGUAUAUUCAAGAUGCAAUAGAUGCUGCUAGAGCAAAUACUAUUAAACUUAGUUCGGAGACUAGGGCAGCCAUUGCAGCGGUUCGAGAGGCUAUCGAGAAUGUGCAGCGUAAAAGUGAAGCUGUUGAGCUGAGAACACAUCAGGCAGCUGUUGAAGUUCGGAAUGUUACUAAAAGAUAUGUUGCCCUUAUUGAAGAACGUGAACGAGAACUUUUAACUAGGAUUGAACACGUGCGCCAACUAAAAGGUAAAGCUUUACACAAUCAAAUGGAAGCUCUACGAGUUGCCCUAGCGAAAUUGGCCAGGAUGUCGGAUCUGUUAAACGAAUCGAUAGAGGGAGCAACUGGAAUCGAUAUUAUUUCAAUAAAUGAAAAGCUAUCGACCGAGUUGAAACAAAUACGUACGAUUCAGUCGGAUUUGGCGCCAUGUGAAGAUGACAACAUAGUAUUUGUACCGUCAAAUCUGAACCUACUGCGAGCGGUGUCUUCGUUAGGCAGUUUAAGUAUGCCGAACAGUAGUUUGGUGAUGCACAAUCGUUUAAAAGAGAUGCAAAUGAAUAGCUUGCCGUUGUUACCGCCAGUUGAACUGAAAGACGAACCGGACUUGCAAAUGAGUAGUGCAUCAAGGGGUUGCGCUGUGCUUGGAGUUUCGAGAGUGAUCGCACGCGAGUCUACUGCGAGCCCGAUUAUUAUAGGAUCAGAAGGGGAAGGAGACGGGCAGUUAUGUCGACCGUGGGGUGUCUGUUGUGAUCGAAAUGGCAACAUUAUAGUCGCAGAUCGCAGCAACAACAGAAUUCAGGUUUUUAGACCGAACGGAUCUUUUUCGCAUAAAUUCGGCACACAAGGCACGGGCGCGGGUCAAUUCGAUCGUCCGGCAGGCGUCGCCGUUGAUCCCCAGGGUAGAGUAGUGGUCGCCGACAAAGAUAAUCAUCGCAUUCAAAUUUUAACGCUUGACGGUAGUUUUGUUCUGAUGUUUGGCGAGAAAGGAUGUCGCAAUGGGCACUUCAAUUAUCCGUGGGAUGUUGCGGUUAAUUCGGUGGGUAAUAUUGUGGUGUCAGAUACACGAAAUCAUCGCAUCCAAGUGUUUAGUAACGAUGGUACUUUUAUUAACAAAUACGGCUUUGAGGGCACCACACCCAUGUGGAAACAUUUCGAUUCCCCUAGAGGAGUGUGUUUUACACCGACGGGUAGUAUAAUCGUUACCGAUUUUAACAAUCACAGAAUUGUAAUAAUCGAUCAACGCUUUUCGCAAGCACAAUUUUUGGGUGGCGAAGGAUGCGGUUACAAGCAGUUCUUGCGUCCCCAAGGUAUCAUAUGUGACGAUGAAGGGCGUAUCAUAGUUGCCGAUUCUAGAAAUCAUCGAAUACAAGUUUUCGAGAGUAACGGACACUUCUUGUGGAAAAUUGGAGUUCUGGGGAAAGGUCCCGGCGAGUUGGACCGUCCGAGUGGUAUAUGUCUAAAUCCUGAAGGCCGUGUUGUUGUAGUUGAUUUUGGCAAUGAUAGAGUGCAAAUAUUUUGAUACUGGUCUCGUUAUUUAGGAAGUUAAUUUUACCUACGAAAAUCGCAAUUACCACAUUCUCAGGGUUACUACUUCUCAGGAACAUUUAUUUUUUUUGUAGAUUUAAGGUUACGUGCCAAUGUACAGGUCGCAUGAUCUGUUACGUUCAAAAAUCGUUUUACUUGUUAAACAUGCGUAUUAUUCGAUUAAGUAUUAUUUCCUUACGAUUACCGAACUAUUGAGUUACCAUAUAUAGUCUACUGAAUGACAACUGACAGACUGAGCUAUAAGACUGAUCUACCUAUUACAAUUUUCUAAACUUAUUUACACAAAGUAUUUUUAUAAAAUUGCUCCCAGGCAAAUAUGAUGCAACGUAAGACUGAAUGUUAUGUACCUAGUGUUCAUACUAUACCGAUUGAUCUUUUUGUAGUCUGAUAAGUAGCUUAAUUUUUGUAGUCAAACGUGUCUGAAUCGAUUUUUCUAUAACUAAACCUUCAUUAGAUAAAUGUCCGUCGACAUAAAACCGUGUUGCGCCAAAUGUUCUUGGAAAAAUUUCAAGUUUAAAAUUUGACACUAUAGAAAAUUAUAUACACAUAAUAUACAGGGUCGUUAUACAAAAUUUUGUAAACUUCAUUUGUAAAAAUAAAAUUUUAUUUCCGACUAUAGGAAUUUACAGGAUCGUACCUCGAAUACUAUAAUAUUUAGAUAAUUGUACAUAAUAAUGUACUUUACUAAUUUGGUUUUUGACCAAGGUCGAAAAUUGUAUUGAAACAACGUUGUAAAUAAAUUUACAACGGAACUUGUUCUACCAAUACCUAAAGCAAAGAAAUUUAGCAAUAAACAAUAGUGUUGGACAUUCCACUGAAAAGUACGAAACGAAUGUAGAUGGGGCAAGAUUUUUAACCACCCUGUAUUUUAGUUAAUGUUUGAAACAAUGUAGUUCUAUUUAAUAAAGUUUUGUCUGCAUGAAAUGUGCCAUUAUGUAAAUUUUAUCUAAAAACAGAGGCCUUACCUGUUUUGUAAAGUUUUUAUUUUGAGGCGUGUUAUUUAAAGUUCCAUUUAAAAUGAUUAUAUGUAAAGUGUGCUUCUUGUGAUUAGAUGUUUAUAAAUUUAAUAUCGCAAUUGUGUAAGUACUGUAUUAUUUUUACGUAUAGGUUACUGCAAAUGAUUGGAAAAUACUCCCACAUUUUCCGAUUAUAUUUUUGUCUGUAAGACGUAAAUUUGACAGCAUUGUCCAAAAGUCAACUAAGAUUAUUCCGUUGCAUCUAAUUAGGUUGUUAAACUGCGAGUAAUUGUGAAUUAUUCGAUGACAAAUUUAAAUGAUUACUGUUUAUAUGUCUUAUAAUAAAAAUAAUGGUGCAUUAGUUGUAAUUCUGUGGCAUUGAUGUUUAUAAUUUACAUUUAGGUUUAGGGCAGAAGAAGUAAAAGUGUGAGGGUGAGAAUCAAAGAUUUAACGAUGUUGUAUAAGUAUUGUUUUGAUUUUCGCUAAUUGCAAUAUAAAGAAUUUUUGUAAGAAUUUAUUUUUGUUCAACACAAUUUAGGUUUUAGGUAGUUUUAAACUAAUCCAAAAAUUCAACUGCAAUUUGGAUUGUGUAAUACUAAGAA